AUGGGGAAGAAGAGUAGAAAGAAAAGCUGCAAUAGUGCCGCUACUACUUCUGGCAAUGCAGAUUUGUCAUCUUCAGUGGAAUCGGCUAUCCAAAAUCUUGUAGCAGAAACAACGCCGCAGCAGGGCUGGGCUUCUGAACUCAAGGCCGCCGAGAAAGCAUACAAGAGGAAACCAAAUGAUGUUGAUGUAAUCUUACGGCUUCUGAAAUGCUUGCUUGUCAUGAGACACUGGGAAAAAGGCACCCAAGUUACAAAAGACGUUAGGACUUUUGUUGUGAAAAAUGAAAACACGACCGACGAUAAGAAACGCAAGUUCCUGGAGCUGAGCCAGCAACUCCAACAAAUAAAACCUCGAAGGCCCAUGUCAAACGACGAUAAAGAUUUUUGUCGGCAGGUGUUUGGCGGGACCUCGCCUGACAAUUGCUUGCAUCCGCAAGAUUCAUUUUGCAACCUAGGUCCACUUCAUUAUGCAGCAUUGAGUGGUGAGGUAGAGUACUUUGAGCGCCUUGUGGCACUUGGGGCAUCGAUUGACUAUCCACCCUUGCCUAUCGAAAAAGUGCGACUUCAGCUAUCUCCACAGGAUCUGAGAAAUAAAACAGUUGCACCUAAAUCUUGGACCGCUCUGCUCCUCGUAUGUUCAACUUUGGCAAUGGGCGCACGUGUCCCUCUGAGGCACUUGAAGAAACAACUAGAAAAUCAUGUCGAGAUUGCGAUUCAAUUGGUAAAACUUGGAGCCGAUACAUCUGCAGUGCUUGGCGCUGAUGAAGAGCAACUCCACCAGUCGAUAUUCAGUCCUUACCGACAACUUGGAGUACUUGGGAAAACUGCGUUCGAAUUGGCAAAGAUGUCGAAAAGGAAGGAACUUGUUGAUGCAAUGAUAGAAUUCCAGAAUCAAGACCUACUAAAGGAAAAGGUACAAUGUCGAUGUGGGUCAAGACUUCCCUUGAAAACGUGUCAUGGGUGUGAUUUUGACGAAGAAAGGCAUCUUAUGAGAGAGGAUGAUUGCGGUCGUUUGUAUUUUCGCUAUUCGCCGUUGGCGCCAUGUCCUUGCAACCAAACAAAGAAAACACACUACGAUUGCUGCUGGGACGGAGCCACAAUGCGCUUCAACAACGACCGUACAGCCGAACUAUUUGGACAUCACAAGAUUCACAAUACAACGGAAACAAGCCUCAUGUUCAAUGACCUAAUGAAGAGAAAACUAGGCAUUGAAGAUGAUGGUCCUGAUUUGAGUGGCGUGCUCGUGGGAACUGGUGACAUGAGUUCCGAAGUGACGACGAAACUUGCAGACAGAUUUCGAACUGAAGCGGGGGCAGCUAAAUUCCACAAUGUAUUCAACAUGCUCCCGAAAAAUCGCAGGUUCGAUCCUCAGGUCUACGCCGGCUGCUUGGAACGAAUCUCCAAUUGCUUCUUCUGGCGAGAUGACCAUUGGAAAAUUGAUAAACCAGAGCUCUUGGUGCGAGUGAAAGAAUGGAAUCAAGCUUUGGAGCAGUACUGUGAUGAUGAAGGAUUGACAUCGCAGCAGCGCGAAAACGUUAUUCGUCUGCACAAAGCUAGCCCCCUUGCCCCUUGUGGUAAUCCUGGUUGCAGUCUAGUCGAAACAAAAGUUAAAGAGUUCCAGCGAUGUGGUAGAUGCAGAACGAUAAGCUAUUGCUCUAGAAACUGCCAAGGAAAGCACUGGAAAGCUGGUCACAAAAAGGAAUGCUUCAUUUGA